ACCAGCCGAUAAUAUUCUUAACAAAAAUAUAUUUUUUUAUUAGUAAUUAACAAUGAGCGCAUGAGAAUACAACGUUGAAAAGAUUCGUGAUUCGUUAUAGAAGCGAUUAUUUCUUAAAAUUGUAUUUUUUCAAAAAUAAUAGAGAAAAGUUAACGCCAUUAAAAUAAAUUACUAGUUAUAAAAACAAAUUUUGCCCAGAAUUGCUCUAAGAAAAUACCAAUAUAAAAAACAGUGCUUCUUCUGGGAGAAAUCAAAAAAAGGAAGAAAAAUAAGAAUAAAACGAAAUCAAAGUGCUUUAAAAUAACCAACAACAACAAUAACUACCAAGAGCAGUAUUUCGUCGUCGUUUCCUUGUCCAUAAUAUAAAAAUAACAAAGAAGAAGAAUACAUAUAAUAAAUAUAAAAAAACGAGGAAAAAUAUAAAAAUAAGAAAAUAUUUUUGUCUUCCUGCUUCAUAAAAAAAGAAAGAAUUACGUACCUAAAAAAAGUUUUCUCUUGCUGGUUUCUUGUUGCAAUUUACUUGAAAUAAAUCCAACAGAAUUUACAAGAAAAUUUUUACGAAAAGAAAAAUAAUUUUUAGAAAAAUUGUGCAAUUGUUUUUUUUUGUUGUUUUUGUGUAAAACAGAAGAAAAUUAAAUUAGAAAAAUAUAAAAAAAAACACCAGUGAAAAAUUAUUAUUAACGAAACCAAAAAAAUUGGUAUUAACGAAACAGGAGGGUUGGUGGGUCUCAAUACGUCUGCCUAAAAUAAGCUUUCAAAUGUAUUGAUAAUCGAAACAAAUAGAAAUAACACAAUAAUAUCAACGAUUCUUUUUAUUUUAAAGAAAAAAAAAAGAUAACGCAAAUUCCCCAUUUUAAUUUGAAAGCAUCAACAUCAUCAUCAUCAUCGAUAAUAACAUCAUCAACACCAACAAAAGAACAAAGGAAUAUCAUAAUUAUUAUUAUUGUUUUUGUUGCUGAAUAAUUAUAAAGCAGCAGCAGCAACAGAACAAUACAAAAGUAACAAAAAACAACAUAUAGAAUAGAACAGAGAAGACAAGUACCACUUAACCACAAAAAGAUAUUCCAAAAUAUAUAAUUGCCAUGGAUCUUUCAUAUAUUGUAUGUAAUGCAGCCAGAGAAAAUAAUUUAACUCUACUGAAGAAUGCUCUCAAUGGCAGAUCAGCUUCAGAGAUUGCAAUGCUUAUAUCAUCAAAAGUUAACGGGGCCACACCCCUGGUUAUAUCCUGCCGCAAUGGACACAGUGAAAUUGUAGAAUAUUUAUUGACAUGGUGUCAAGCUGAUGUUGAACAGGUCGGCUCCGUUAGUUUUGAUGGUGAACCAAUUGAAGAUGCUCCCCCACUCUGGUGUGCUUCGGCUGCCGGUCAUUUGGGCAUAGUAAAGUUAUUAGUAAGACAUGGCGCUAAUGUUAAUAGUACAACACGUACAAAUUCAACACCCUUAAGAGCGGCCUGCUUUGAUGGUCACUUUGAAAUAGUUAAAUUUUUAAUACACAAUGGAGCUGACUUUGAGGUAGCGAAUCGUCAUGGCCAUACUUGUUUAAUGAUUGCCUGCUAUAAGGGACAUUUUAAAAUUGCCCAGUAUUUAUUAUCGUUAAAUGCGAAUGUGAAUCGUUGCAGUGUUAAGGGUAAUACCGCCCUGCACGAUUGUGCCGAAUCGGGUUCUUUGGAAAUUUUACAGUUGCUCUUGAAGCAUGGUGCCACAAUGGAGGUAGAUUAUUAUGGCAUGACACCACUGCUGGCAGCUAGUGUUACAGGUCAUUUGCCGAUUGUAGAACAUCUUAUCACAUUGCCCAGUGUUAGUCGUGAAAGUCGUAUUGAUGCUUUAGAACUAUUGGGUGCCACAUAUGUGGAUAAGAAACGUGAUAUGGUUAGUGCAUUAUCAUUGUGGAGACGAGCCAUGGAGGAACGUAAUCAGGAGCCAAAGAUACCCAAAGUAGUGAAUGAGCCUAUUGCGGCCUACGAAUAUGUAUCAGAAGUGACAACAAUUGAGGAUUUAGAAGAGCUGGUUUUGGAUCCGGACGAAAUGCGUAUGCAAGCUUUGGUCAUACGUCAGAGAAUAUUAGGUCCAACACAUCCCGACACAAGUUAUUAUAUACGUUUUAGAGGGGCCCAUUAUGCCGACGCAGGUCGUUUUGACCGUUGUAUUGAUCUUUGGACUUAUGCUUUAACUAUGCAACAAAAAAUCUUACCACCCCUCAGUCCCAUGACACAGUCUUCUCUUUUGUCUUUUGCUGAAUUAUUCAGUUUUAUGUUGAUGGAAGCUGGCCGCUUGCUGCCUCGUGGCCGUGUGGUGCCUCCCAUUGAGGCUUGCGAUAUGCUUAUGAUUUUCAAUAAGGCUGUCUUAGAGGUUGAGAGAGGUUUGUCAAACUAUCAAAUGCUACAAUCCGGUGCAAACGUCUCCUCCUCACUUGCAGGACAAAGUUGGUCGAUGGAACAGCAGAAAAGUGCCACAACCUCAUCGCAGCAACAUCAGACACCGCAGCAAACAUCGACACCGUCUCAACAGCAGUCACAACAGUCUGUUACAAAUGUACACGAUUGCAAUCAUGAUCCCAAUGCUUUAAGUCGUGCUCUUGUUAGUGCUUUACAUAUUGGUUGUCUAUUGGCCUGGUUGGUUGAAGAUGAGACUUUUUGCCCGAAAAUGCGUCGUGAUAUUUUGGUGGCACUUUAUAAAUUAAAUCGUCUUAAUGUGGCGGUACGUUCGGGUCGCACAGCUUUGCAUUAUGCUUGCUAUAGAGAGGGUACUCUUGUUGGCCGGUAUCCGGCUUGUCAGUUUCCUUCUCCAUCUUUGGCUAAGGCUUUAUUAGAGGUUGGUGCCGAUCCCAAUGCAAUCGAUGAUGGUGGUAAUACGCCUUUACAUUUAGCUGCUAUUGCCCAGCCGUGUCAAAAGGAUAUGGCAAAGAUAUUGCUGGAUCAUGGCGCUCAUUUGGAUGCCCGUAAUAAUGCUGGUGACACAUUUGAAUCUCUUAUAAAACCCAAGAAAAUCCAUGAAAUCUGCAAUCCACUCAAAUACACCACAUUGGCCUGUCUAGCAGCGAAAACCAUACAAAAAUACAACAUCAAAUAUGACUCAGUGCCCACAGCUCUACAUAAAUUUAUAGAGAUUCACUAAAUCUUGUCGUUUUUGACUGCAGCUGUAACAAGCAGUAAUAAUUGAAACGAAAGAAAAAAAACAAAAGCAGAGGUAAAACAAAAAAUUGUCCUUAUUUUUUUUUUGUGUUUCCUGUAUCCUGUGUUGGCUGUUUUAAGCAAACUUUAGCGUACUAACUCACUUAUAAAAACGAACCUACCAAAAUAAACAAAAAGAAAAAACAACGACUAUAUUUAUACAUUUAUAUAUACAUUUAAAAAUAUUCCUGUUUAUUUUUUAAAAUAACAAUUUUCCUACGCUCACUCUCUCUUUAAAAAAGAGUCACGAAGUUGCAAUCAACGAAUUAUUUUUUCUAAACAAAUCUGUUACGUACAUACACACACACAGUUAAAAUAAAGAAUUUAUUUUAUUCUUUAGCUGGUGACAAAGAAAAGUGAAAUUUUGUAUUCAUCUAAACACGCUCAUAAAUGGAAAAUUCUGAAAUUCAUUUUUUCACUGCUGUCUCCUUUAAACAGCUACCAACUCUACUCACUCCUUCUGUAUAAAUGUUUUAUGUUUGUAUAUUCUAUUUUUAUAUUAUUUGUUUAUUUGUACUUUUUUUUAUUAUUAAAUUUAUUAUUAUUAUUAUUAUUAUUAUUAUUAUUAUUAUUUUGUUUCAACAAUUAUUUGCAACAGUAGCGAGUGGAGAGUAUAAGCAGCAGCAAUACUUUAUAAGAGGCAGACAUAUUAGGCCACAAUAAUACCAUGUAAAUACCCAUUAAAUAUAAUAAUAAUACUAAAUAAUAUGAAACAGACAUGAAUUUAAAUUUGCUUUAAUGCAAUCUUAAACCAAUUAAAAAAAUACGAUUUAAUAACUAUUGAAUAGAAAAGUAACGACAGCAACAGGACAUUGAUUUGUUUGUUUGUUUCUCGUUAUUUUUAUUUCUCUCUAAACAAAAAAAAUCGUUUUAUAAUGUUUAUCAUCGUUUGUAUUAACUGUAGAUAUUUAAUUAACUCUCUAUCUCUUGGAACUGUUUAUCAUUAGUCUCUACUCUUUAAUAUCUUAAAUUUAAAUUACAAAAAACAUAAACAAAAAACAAACAUAUAAUGUAUUAAACAAAAGUAUAUAAAUAUUUAAUUAUUAAAUUUAGCAAACGCUUUGUGUUUCAAUAGUUUCUAAGUUAGCUAGAGCUCUAGAAUAUGUGUUGAGUCCCUAGUGCACUCUCGAACACAAUCUAUCUACAGGCAUAAAUUGCUAUUUUGUGAAACCGAGUCAAGUCAGCUCUUUCAUAUUUAAAAUCAUAUAAAAUUAUAACGAUAAUAAUAUUUCAAAAACAAAAAAAGUAAAGAAAAUAUUAAAAUAUAUUACACUUGCCUCUCCACUA